AGCCACCACGUGGACCACAGCGGUUUCUAUGGAUAGCUUUAUCCUAACUCUCCCUAUUAUCUCCAAAUAACGCGAUCACAGGCCUUUCAACACCGACCUGCGCUUUCAAGUGAGCCGCAACUUCAAAGAUGCAACCAAAAUCCGAAGGUUGCUGUCAUGCAGCGAAGUGGUUCCAGAAGCGUUAUACUGGUACCCGUUCAGCUUGCUUUUCCAUACCAACCUCAAUCAUGGUCUGAUUUCCAGACUUACGGCCACACCAGAAGCAGGCGGGGUAACCCGUUCAGGGGAAAGGAUCUUCCACCACCCCUCGCGUUCACAAAUGAAGGGUCCAGGAAGAGGAAAGGCCUGCGGCACUACGAGAACGCCGUCACGCCGUCUGGUGUGCCCAUUCCUCUUGUGGGCGGGAUACCCGCAGUCCGGCGCAACUCUCCCAGAUUCAAGCACAUCGGCCCCCGGCGCCGCUCGGACGGUGCUCCGUGCUCCCCAUUCGACGUCCGAACGUUGGACGCUGCAGCCCCCGAGGUCCGAGCGGACACGUCAAACUGCAAGGUGAUGGUGGUGGUGGUGGUUUUCCCCCGGACCGUCCGACCCUUCGGGGCUUGGGGGGCAUUUCCAGCGCAGAAGCCUUGCGCGAAGAAGAGAGGAAACAAGCUUCCAGAUGAAACGGACGUUGUUCGAUGGCACUGCUGUUGCAGAUACGAUAGUCCGAGUUUACUGCCCAAUAACCCGGAUGAACUCCUCGAACCCCCCUGUUCAUGGCACGACGAAUACGGUGUGAAUACGGGUAAAGAAGACAUCCUUCGAAUGGUUCAAUUGCUGCAGACAAGUCGUGGCGCCGCCUCAUCUCUGGCUGCCGGUGUCAUCACACGCACUAUACCCAAUUCUUCAAAGAUUGCUUCUGAGUUCCCCAGGGGAAGCAGAUCUUGAGGAGAUCAUUGGGUACAGGUCUACACACCACCAACCACCACUAGUCACUGGUUUGAGGCUUUCCCCAGAGUCUUAUCAAGAUGGCUUCCACGAGCGUCAAAAGGGGCCUUCCAUCCGUGACUAGCCCGAACACGAGGGGUCUUGUGACAGCUCGUAGAUUCCGGCUGCCGAUCUCAAAGAGCACGUCGUCGAUUGCUUAA